AUGCGUUAUGAGCCGCAAGCCCUGGUAUGGGCGUUGCUGGUUCGUAACGUGGUUGGAUUUGCUGCUGCAAAGAAUGCCCCGGAUGCCUUCUAUUCUACUCUGAGGCCUUGCCCGGCAGCAUGUGACGGCAGUCCUCAGAACUGGACAGUUUAUACAUCACUUAAGCGUCUUGAAGUAUGCACAGAGCCUAUGCUUCUAGAUUUUGCCAUCUACAACCCAUUGGAAGAUCCCAAAACCACUACCAAGCUGAGGACUUGCACGUCUGGAGAUUCCAAAGAUAAUCGCAAUGGUCUUUUAUCAGAAACGAAGACCAAGUCUCACAAGCGUGAUAUCAAAUACACAUUUAAGAAAAACGCUUGCAUUACUGCGGCUGAGUCCAAGGUUGAUCUUGACUUGGCAAUAAGUGUUAAUCAGGGUCAUGCUGGCAUCGACAACCUUGAGGCCGCUUUCCAGAAUGUGAGGCAUUACAUACAAGAUGCCGUGCACUGCAACACCAAAUUCCUCGUUGGAUACAGUCAAGGGGCUGCGGUUGCUGUCUACAGCGGUGCAGCCAUUGAUAAUAGUCGCACCGUUCCUUCAGUACUUCAACAGAUGGAGAAAAGAUUCCAGAGCGCAUCCCCCUCAAAUGCCUUCGCCGAGCUUUGCAGUGCAGAUCGUAAUGCUGAUUACACCUUUGGUGUCGCCAUUGAUACCACGGGCGAUAUUGCAGCUGUUCAGAAGGCUGUUGCCUCCUGGGCUAACGGGACUUGUUUUGGCGACGGAAAAUCUAGCAGCAAGCUCUCGGGUGUCAGCAUCUUUGAAGCCCCUCUUAUCCCUAUUGCUCAAUCGGGCUCUGGAAAGAAGUCUACAACCAAUGUAAACUCUGUCAAAACUCUCAACGCUAGGGGAGACUGCUCGACUAUUACUGUUGUAGCUGGAGAUGGGUGUGACACUUUGGCUACCAAGUGCGGCAUUUCCGCUCAAGAUUUGUCCAAGUUUAACCCAUCUCCUACUCUCUGCUCUGGUUUGCAGCCCGGAGAAAGAAUUUGUUGCACUGCUGGCACUCUACCGGACCUUACUCCCAAACCAAACCCUGAUGGCAGCUGCGCCAAAUAUACUAUCCAGCCGAAUGAUUUCUGUGCACAGAUUGCUGCCGCGAAUAGCUUGACUGUUGACCAGCUUGAGGCUUUCAAUGACAAAACCACUUGGGGCUGGAAUGGCUGCAACGAUUUGGCAGCUGGCAUUAAUAUUUGCCUGAGUACUGGCUCUCCCCCUUUGCCUGCUCCCAUUCCCAACUCAGUUUGUGGCCCUGUCGUCCCCGGAAGCGCUGCUCCCAAGGCUGGCCAGGCAUUGGGAGACCUCAACCCCUGCCCUCUAAAUACCUGCUGUGAUGUUUGGGGCCAGUGUGGCAUCACGCCUGAAUAUUGUACUCCAGAGCAAGGGCCAACUGGCAACCCUGGCACUGCUCCUCCUGGACACAAUGGCUGUGUGUCCAACUGCGGCACAGACAUUAAGAACAAUGGUGCUGGUCCCAGUAGCUUCAUGAAGGUUACUUACUACGAAUCAUGGGCCUGGGACCGACCUUGCCUGCACUACGCAACUAGCGACCUCAGCAGUACUGACUAUACUCAUGUUCACUGGGGAUUUGCAACCAUCGACAGUAAUUUCAAUGUUGUUAUUGACGAUCCCUACAACCAGCUUCCCAGCUUCUUAUCACUUCCUCAGAAAAAAAUUGUGUCCUUUGGAGGCUGGGGCUAUUCCACUGAUCCCGCUACCUACGAAAUCCUGCGAAGCGCAAUGACCCCUCAAAAUGUCAAUACGUUUGUUAGCAACAUUGCUGCUGUCCUCAGAAAUGGCUGGGACGGUGUCGAUAUUGACUGGGAAUAUCCCGGGGCGCCCGACAUUCCUGGGAUCCCUCCAGGAUUGGCAUCUGAUGGUCCCAACUAUCUGGCUUUCUUAACUAAACUUCGCGCUGCUCUUGGCUCUUCAAAGUCUAUCUCCAUCGCUGCUCCUGCUUCAUACUGGUACCUUAAAUCGUUUCCAGUCGCUGAUAUGGCACAACAGCUCGAUUAUGUUGUCUAUAUGACUUAUGAUCUCCAUGGUCAAUGGGAUUACAACAACCAGUUCUCCCAGGAGGGUUGCCCCGCUGGAAAUUGUCUUCGCAGUCAUGUCAAUUUAACUGAGACAAUGUAUGCCCUUUCUAUGAUCACCAAGGCUGGCGUACCAAGCAAUAAGAUCAAUGUUGGCGUCUCGAGUUAUGGUCGCUCCUUUGGACUCACUAACCCGGCCGCGUGCCAAGGUUCAUUCAGCAACCCCGGCUGCACAUUCGUUGGUCCGGACUCGGGAGCUACUCCUGGUGUCUGCACAAACGAAGCUGGUUACAUCGCCAACGCCGAAAUUGAUCAGCUCUUGGGCAGUGGCCAAUACGUUUUUGACACGCCUAGUGAUUCGGACAUGCUUUUUUACGGAAACAACUGGGUGGCUUAUAUGUCUGAUCUGACUAAGAGCUCACGUACAAGCAAGUACAAGGGCUUGAACUUUGCAGGAACUGUAGACUGGGCUGUUGAUCUACAAAAGUAUACUGUCGAUAGUGGCAGUGGUGGUAGUGGCGGUGAUAUUAUCCAUUAUCCCCCGUCUAUCUGGCAGAAUGGAAACCCCUCAAUUACAUGCGAUGACUGCACUAUUGUGUUGCCUCCAUCGCCUCUUGCGACGCCCAUUACAGUAACAUACACUGUGUACACAUCUAUUCUUGUAUCUCAGCCUGGAACGACCGCGACAGAACAGACUUCAUUCGUCUUGCCUCCAUUCACAAUCUCCUCGGUGCCUUUCUGGCCCAUUACCAUUCACCCCGGAGCCCAAUCAACCACGUUUACGCCGUUACAGAGUAUCAUGCCGCCUUCAACAGUUAUUUCCCUACCCAGCAGUGUUGUUAUCGCACCGCCUCGUAGCGGCACUUAUCUGCCCUUCGCGACAGUCGCCACUCCAACUGCCGCCCCUGGACCCCAUCCCUCCAACACCAUACAAGAUUGCUCUCAGUGGUAUCAAGAUGCUGACGGCGAUACCUGCGCUAGCAUCGCACAGAAAUUUGGCAUCUCUCAGAGUGACUUUAAGCAGUGGAAUCCGAGCCUUGGGUCGUCAUGUAGCCUUAUUGUUGGGGACUAUUACUGCGUUCAAGAGGCUAACAACGGCGCAAUCGUUUGGCUUACUUCUCCAACCUUUGGAUCUAACAGCCACACGCAAACGAUCCAGCCACCUGCCACAAAAUCUAUCGAUAUUGAGCCGCCCAUCCCUCCGAUUGUAUACGUUCCUAAGCCGCCUGUGCCACCCCCCGUUCCAGUUUGCACCGUCGGUUGUGGUGUUUUGGACUGCGCUCUCUUUGGAUGCGGUGGUGGCUGCGGUACAUUUGGCUGCGACGGGGGUUGUGGAAUCGGCUUCUGUGGAGGUGGAUGUGCUCCUGGUGCAUGUGGACCGGGAUGUGGUUCUGGUGAUUGCUCAGUCUCUGGCGGCGGCGGUGGCUCGUUCCCACCACCACCAGGGCCUCCUCCUCCUCCUCCUCCUCCCACGGAUGAUGAUAACUACAAGCCACCAGUUGCAGACUGCCAAGCAUUGACUGGAGUACCAAUCGUUCCGCCUCCGUUUAGUCCGCCAUCCGACCCUACGGAGCACGAAUCUGGCCCGGCAGACACUGACUCUAAUCACUUCGAUAACCAAAACCCGCCUACUACGACGGCUAAGCCUACUAGUAGCUCGCCACCACAUGCAACCACGAUAACUACGAAUGGAAUGGCGUGCACUCUUAUCUCAGGAUCGAACAAUCCUGUAUGCACUCCCAUCGCCACACCGUCACCAAAUCCUGCUGGAACAAAUGUGCAUGUCAAUAAGGGUUGUGUCCUUAUCAACGGCAGCCCACGAUGUAGUAGUGACUCUGGCCCUAUUGCUAAUGUGUACCAAAAUUUUUACAACGUGGCAUCAACUCAGGGUCAAGCAUCCAGUACCGCAUUAAUUCUCUACGGCUAUGACUCUUCUGAUCCUUACUCCACUCAACAAAAAGCAACUUGCCAAAUGAAUGCACGUUGGCCAUCCGACUAUGGUGAUGUGUUCCUGGGUGAGGAUGGGUAUCUAUAUGAUGCUGGUGGUAAUAAGAUUUUUGAUCAGCAUUGUUCUACGCCAGAUGUCAACAACCAAGGCCCCACCAUUAACCCUUACAGAGACCCUCGGCCAGCUGCUUCGUGUAAGCGAGAAGACGACGUUAUCGCUAUUGGAUUUACCAUUCGAGCAAAGGACUGGAUCACCGAUGGUGGCGCCGCAUUGAAGAAACAGGUACAGGGCUGCGGCGCGGUAACUCUGUGGCAAGCUGGGACAGAUAACGAAGUGGAAGUAGACGGCUCGUUCGCCAAUAUUGGAAGCUUUAGGGCUGACUUUGCCGUUUCCUUUGCUCUGCCAAUUACAUUUAAAACAGGUUGUGUUGGAAGGGCUAUCGGAAGUGCUGGCGGACCGCAGGGUAACUUUUGCUAG